UUGAAAUUUUUGCUGAGGUGGCUUUCAUUUCAUCAAUCAAUUGAAGUUUAAUUUGGUGGGCCAAAAUAUGUGCACUUGGUGGUCCAAAAUAAAAUCAGGUGGUCCAAAAUAGAAGCCCGCGAUCCUUCAGGAGUUUUGAUAUUUCUUGUAUUUACUACAACAAUUUUGAGUUCUGUUUUGCCUUUUCCGACAGAAAACAUGUUGAUCUACGUAAUGCCUACUAAAGUUAUCCAUAUUUUGAAGUGAGAACUUUCUUUUUUCGCUGAAUUGUUCAUCCACUUCCUAAAGGGGUCCAAAAUACCUCCCUUACCCUAGUCAUCCAUUGCUGGAACAGCAAGGGAAAGAAUGGCGCGAGGAGUAUGAAGAAAAAGAGAGGCGUUUGGAAGAAAAUUACCAGCACGAAUUAGCGGAAAUCAUGGAGGAAUACAAAAGGGCAGCAAUGAAAAUAAAGUUAGAGUUUGCUGCCAGAAGGAAUGAAGUGAUAAGUCAAUUUGAGAUUGAAAAUGCUAGUUCGAAAAAGGAACCGAACCCGGUCGCAAGUGCUAGUUCGUCACCAUCCGACUGCCCGUCAAUUUAAAUCUACCACCCAUCAGCAACGACAAGCUCGAUGAAAACGAAUAUCGAUUCUACCAAUUGCAUAUUAGUACAAGAUGUGAAAUCCAGUGCACAAGAUUCUAUCACUUCAGAUUCAUCGAGCUCAACAAGUAACCUUGGAAUUAUAUCAGGAACUGUGGGCAGCAAUAGUGGUUCAACAACGUUACCUACAGAGGAAUCACUCAUGACUAGUACAGCCGACCACAACAGUUUCACGACAGCAAAUCAUUAUGGCAAUAUACAAAGCAGUUUAUCACAAUUCAAUUAUCAAGAUCAACAACUACAACAGCAACAGCAGGCACAGGAUCAGCUCAUGUCCUCGGCAGUGUCUCAAAAAUGGCCGGCAAUAGUAGAACUGAAAAAUUAUAAUGAACUCUACCGUGCGGCAAUCCCGCCUUUUCAAUUUUGGAAUGCAGAAUUUCGUAACAAACAUCCGGCAUUCAUUCAAUUCAAUUUCACAUUACCAUGGGGUGCCAAUUUUGCUGUAUACGGUCGUCGAAACGUAGGACCGAGCAUAACGCAAUAUGAUUUCGUGGAAUUUAUAAAAGGUGGAAGGGUAGACCAUCGAUUGCGGCGAAAACGGAGCGUGAUAAAUGAUGAUAGAAAUGCACACUCUCUAAGUGAUUUCGAAGAAAAGGCAUCCAACCAUGAGCACCAGUCAUUGUUUGAAAUACGUCGGAGAAAGGAAUUUGCUUUUGCUGAUCUCAAACUUGAUGACAUUGAUCAACAUAUUAUAUCGAAACGAUCUGCAGAUAAUGGAAUGCCAAAAUUAGAUAUGGAAUCGAUGACUGUUAAUGUCACAAUUUUGCAGUAUUUAGACGUAGGCAGAUGGUUCUUAUCAGUAUACAAUGACGAACUGCUACCGCAUACCCUUUCCUUAAUAAUUGGUGAAGCUGAAGGUGUUCGCACCACAUGUCCAAAUGACUGUUCGGGUAGAGGAUCUUGCUAUUUAGGAAAAUGUGACUGCAUCGAUGGUUAUCAAGGCGCUGAUUGUUCGAUAAGUAAGUAUACAGGAUUGAAUAUUAUGUGCCUCAAGAGAAUUCCAAAAGCGAUAACCUGCGCGUAACCUUGAAAAAUACGAAAAGCACGACUUUCACAAAGUGGCAGAAGUUUUGCAAUUAUCGCAUCGCUCUUGUUCCUAAUUAUACAUUUGCGUUUACUACUGUCAGCUUAUCAAACACACCGCGAUUAGCAAUUGGUUGUUAUGUGUUCAUGGCGAUGUUUUUUUUUUUAUUUUUUUAUAUUUUUUGCAAGUAGGGUUUCGGUUCCCUUCUUAAGCAUGUGGCUCCCAUUUUCAUCCUACAAAAAACAAAGGAUUGAAGCGCUGUUUGUUUUGUUUCUUUUCUUUUUUGUAUUUUUUGUUAGAAGUGAGCACCCAUGAAAACAAAAAGAACGGAAUCAAUCGGUGCCGUAAUCGCAUGUUUUCACAUAGGAUGAAUAUGGGACCGUGAGAUUAAUGAUGGCACACAUACCCUAUUACGACUUUUUCUCUGUGAUUGAAUAUAUCUCGCGCUCAGUAUCAUACGGGCGUAUCUACAAUGAUCGAUUUCUCUUCAUCGAUUUUCUCUUCGGCUUUUGGCCUGGAAAUCAUUUUUGGUUGUUUUUGUUGUGUUAGAUGCUAGUCCUAGUCGUCCUUCACCGAAAUACACCGAGAGAUCAUUCGAAUACUGGUCGUAUUUUCCGGAAUAAUCCGAAGAGAAAAUCGACGAAGAGAAAUCGAUCAUUGUAGAUUCGCCUGUAUGAUACUAAACGCGAGAUAUGGUGAUGAACGACAGGAGUACUCCACACAUAUGGAUCAUCUCGGUCGGGUGAUCAUGGUGGAAAAUCAAUGUAGUUUGAAUCAACAAACAUGUUUGUAGAACUACAAACUAGUUGUUUUUUAUGUUUCGAGAUUUGUUGAUUUUUUUCACCGAAAAAAAUCAACAAAUCUCGAAACAUAAAAUUCAACGGUGACGAAAAAAAACCCCCACAUAGUUGUUUUUUAAAUGAAUUGGUGGUUUUGAAUCAAAGAUUUCAGUUUCAAACAAACUGGCAAAUUAGUUGUUUAAACACUGCAUGCUACUGCAAAACAGCAACAAUAUUAGUCGAUUUCAACAGCAGAAACUACUUUGGUUGAAGACGAAACAACACACUAUUUAGUUUGAAAUCUAGGCGAACAAACUAAAUUUUCCAGUUUGUUUAAGGACCAACGACUUGAAAUCCCACUUCAAAAGUGCAUCAGAACUUCAAAUGCACAAAUCUCAAGAAGCAAGCUUCAAAUAACAGUGGAUUUGAUUAUUCUGUUUUUGCUCACUUGUAAUAAGCUUGAAAUAAGAAUAUCAGGUGCUCUGGUUUUGUUUAUGAAGAAAUCUGUGCGCUCGAAAUCUUGAGUUAGUGCCAAAGUCGGCCAUUGUGGUGGCCAUUUUGGGAUUCUAACAAGUCUGUCCUUAACAUUUUUUUUUUCUUUUCAUGACAGGGUCGAGUGACAAAAAAAAACUGGAAUGAGCCUCUGCACAAAUCUGGCGUACUGCUCACUCCCACAGAAAAUUUGAAAACAGUUCGCACAGUAAAAGUCAAAUGUGACUUUUACUGUACGCAGUGUUUUCAAAUUUUCUUUGGGAGUGAGCAGGACAGGGCAAAUUCGUACAGAGGCUUAUAGUCUAUUUUACGAAACGACAACAGUGUUGAUAUUGAGAUUUACACUCACGGGCUUGGACGCGAUCUCCUGUCAAAUAUUUAUUCAUGAAAUGAUCCGAAACGUCUCGUGAAAUAGCUCCGUGUGUUCCACACGUUUGUUGACUCCGAAGUUUCACACGUUUUGUGCUUGUAGAAAUACGAUUAUCGAAACGAAUUGAAACAAAUUAAUAUUCUGCAGUUAUUUCGUUAUCUGCUGCUAAUAAGGCAAGCUAGAUAUAUUCUGAUAUAUCAAAUUCCAGACAUAUCAGUGCCUAUAUAGCCUUUAAAUAAAAGUGUAUCUAUUUCGUCAGGUUACAAUCAGCGGCGUCUUGGUCGGUACGUAAUUUAUAUUUAGUAGUUUCCUGUCAGAUCGGUGUAACACGUUACACAAAAGGCAAUUUACACGGAAAAAUACACUUUGUUUCGCGAAAAUAUGCGCCACAAUGAAAUGGGAUACAGUCCCGAUUCGUUCGUUGGUGGCUCGUUAGAUGGGCUGUCUCGAUGGUUGAAUGUUCGCUGGUUGGGGCAAACCCCAACUAAAAAGCACUGUCAAUGUCAAAAUCAAUGUCAAAACGAGUUUGACGUCUGACCGCCGUCGCAUCGCAGCUUCUAUAUACAGAACCUUUGUGCAAGUAUCUGAGUGUUUCGUGACGUAUUUCUCCUCACUUGCGUGUGCUAGAGCAUUUUGAUCAGUUGUCAGUUGCCCCAACGAACGAACACGAUUCGCUAAUCGGGGCGCAGUCGUGACCCAACCAGUGAAUCCGUAAAAUGCCGGCAUGGUACCCGGGUACCCACGAAACUGAAAUGAUCAUAUAUCCGUCAAUUUUUCACCGAUUUUAAAAACUUUUGGCUCAUUUAUUUCAAAAACUCAUUAUUUAUGGCUAGUUUCCACUUCGUACGUACAGUGCAAGAAGAUAGGACAAGUAAUGGUCAAGUAAUGAUUCCAUAUCAAAAUUACUUGAGCAGUUCGCAGCUGGCAAGUAAGGAAAAAAGUGUAACGCUCGUAACGCCUCCCGUGCAAAUCAAAUGGAGCUGUCACUUUCCGAGCGGAAAAAUAGUCCGUGUACAGUCCCGAUUCGUUCGUUGGUGGCUCGUUAGAUGGGCUGUCUCGAUGGUUGAAUGUUCGCUGGUUGGGGCAAACCCCAACUAAAAAGCACUGUCAAUGUCAAAAUCAAUGUCAAAACGAGUUUGACGUCUGACCGCCGUCGCAUCGCAGCUCCUAUAUACAGAA